AUGAAGCCAAGGAAGAUAAAGCUUAGAGAAAAUCCUUGCCUAUAUUCAAAGAGGCUAAAAGCCAAUUGGGACACCGGUAAAAAGAAUCAGUUAUGGCACCUAAAAGCUACAGAGUUAAAAAUGGAGUCUGCAGGAGAACUUAGAAGAUGGUAUGAGAGCGUUCAAACGAGGCUGGGCAAACUGACGUUGAACAGGUCUGAGGCAGAGGCGAGGGAAAUGACGCAGAGAGAUCGGUUCAUAAUGGAUAAUUUUUUUAUUUCUUCAACAGCACUUCAAGACCCGGCUUCGUCCCGUGUUGCUUGGACUUCGUGGAUUGGAUCCAUGUCGAGCAAAAUCCACGACCAUUUACUUCUCAAGUUUUACAGGCAUUCAUUUCAUCUUGUCAUAGAUUUUGUGGAGGAGUCGAACGAACUGAGGGCCUCGGUAGCCAGAACAACACAGCGUGACAAACAACGUCAACAACAACAACAACAACAACAACAACAGGCUUCUGUCCUUCUCCAGUUCACAUCAUCUCCAAAAAUAGUUCAGAUCAUCACACAAUCAUUGAAACGACAGCUGGCAAUAUCAGCCUAA